AUGAAAAAUCGAAUCAAAAAAGGAUCCAGCAUGAUUGGUGUUUAUGGAAGAUCAGACGGAUCAAGCAGCAUUCAGUCUUCUAAUGGAUCCGAAAGUCGUGAAAGUAUAGAUGACAAUAAGCAAGGUCAUCAAAGUUUAGUAGAGUGGUUAAAUGAGACACUUCCUUAUUUGAAUUUACCAUGGGAAGCUUCAGAGGAAGAAUUGAGAGCAUGUUUGGUGGAUGGUACUGUCUUGUGCAAUCUCUUAAAUCAGCUUAGUCCCGGUUCGAUGCGAAUGGGAGGAAGCUUCGAGCCUGGUUGUGUAAAUAUUGAGCGGUUUUUGGCAGCUAUGGAUGAAAUGACAUUGCCCAGAUUUGAGUCUCUUAAGGCGCUUAAAGCUAGUUUCUCUGAUGAUGGAUAUGAUAAGAAUACACUUUCUGCAAGAAGAAGAUGGAGUUUGCCUGCGGACCAUUCAAAGGGAGUUGAUAGCAACUUUAAUGAUGGAGGAUCACAGUUUAUAGAAGCAUCUGAGAUUAAUACAUCUCAUCACAGCUUACAAAAUACUUCUACACGAUCGUUGUUUGACAUGCUGGAUAGGCUUCUUGAUGAGAGCUCGCAGAAGAUGAAUGUGUCUCAUGUUUAUGUAUCUAUCUUGAGAGGCAUUGUGCAAGUUGUUGAGCAACGGAUCUCAAAUCAAGCUGAGAACCUAAAAAACCAAAAUAUACUCUUUAGGGUUCGUGAAGAAAAAUAUAGAUCAAGAAUAAAUGUUUUAGAAACUUUGGCAUCUGGAACAACAGAUGAGAAUGAGGUCAGAAGAAAAAGAUGUGCUCCAAAUAGAAAAGGAAAAGAGCGUAGUAAUGCUGAACUUUCUAAGUUGAAGCAAGAACUUGAAAUUGUGAAAGAGACACAUGAAAAACAGUUUUUGGAACUAAAACUAAAUGCUCAAAAAGCUAAAGUUGAGUUGGAGAGGCAAGUAAAGAAUUCAGAGUUACGUGUAGUAGAAGCAAAAGAACUCGAGAAGUUAUGUGAAACUAAAACUAAAAGAUGGGAGAAGAAAGAACAAACAUAUAAGAGGUUUAUAAACCACCAGACAGAGGCUUUGCAGGAGUUGAAAGCUACUUCUAUGUCUUUAAAACAUGAUGUAUUAAAGAUAGGAGAGAACUACUUCCUGGAUCUAACUUACUAUGGUAUAAAGCUCAGAGGAGUGGCUCAUGCAGCAAAAAAUUACCAGAUAAUAAUUGAAGAGAAUCGAAGACUUUACAAUGAAGUGCAAGAAUUAAAAGGAAAUAUUAGAGUAUAUUGCCGGAUAAGACCAUUCCUUCAAGGACAAAACAAGAAACAAACAUCAAUAGAGUACACAGGUGAGAAUGGUGAACUGGUGGUUGCAAAUCCCUUAAAGCAAGGCAAAGAUACGUAUCGUUUAUUCAAAUUCAACAAAGUCUUUGGCCCUGAAUCAACUCAAGAGGAAGUUUUCUUAGAUACUCGACCUAUGAUUCGAUCCAUUCUUGAUGGCUACAAUGUAUGUAUAUUUGCUUAUGGCCAGACGGGUUCUGGAAAGACUUAUACGAUGAGUGGACCAAGCAUAACUUCAGAAGAAGAUCGGGGUGUUAACUAUCGAGCUUUGAAUGACUUGUUCCACUUAACUCAAAGUAGACAAAACUCAGUGAUGUAUGAAGUUGGUGUUCAAAUGGUUGAGAUUUACAAUGAGCAAGUUCGUGACCUACUUUCUCAGGAUGUUCCUGAUGCAAGCAUGCAUUCUGUAAGAUCAACUGAAGAUGUUCUUGAACUGAUGAAUAUUGGGUUGAUGAAUAGAACUGUUGGCGCCACAACCCUUAAUGAAAAGAGUAGUAGAUCACACAGUGUUCUUUCGGUUCAUGUACGCGGUGUUGAUGUUAAAACGGAAUCCGUCUUGCGUGGUAGUUUGCAUUUGGUUGAUCUUGCUGGAAGUGAGAGAGUUGGUCGCUCUGAAGUAACCGGAGAGAGACUCAAAGAAGCUCAACAUAUAAACAAAUCAUUGUCUGCUCUCGGAGAUGUUAUAUUCGCUCUAGCACAUAAGAAUCCUCAUGUACCUUAUAGAAACAGCAAGCUAACACAAGUCCUCCAGAAUUCUUUAGGAGGGCAAGCGAAAACUCUUAUGUUUGUUCAAAUUAAUCCUGAUGAAGAUUCAUAUGCUGAGACUGUAAGUACUUUGAAAUUUGCGGAAAGAGUUUCUGGUGUCGAGUUAGGUGCAGCUAGAAGCUAUAAGGAAGGAAGAGAUGUUAGACAACUCAUGGAACAGGUAUCGAACUUGAAAGAUAUGAUUGCCAAGAAAGACGAAGAACUUCAAAAGUUUCAAAACAUAAAUGGUAUCCAAAAACGUGGAUUAAGCAAACUAAGAAUUGUCUCUCCUCCUAGAAGGCAUUCUUUAGGAGGAGCUUUAACAAAUUCUCCAAGAAGAAGACAAGGACCUGGUUUACUUGGAAGAACAACUUCAGAUAUACAUCGACAUCAAAAUGAAUCUCGAUCAUCGUCUAAGUUUUCUGGUGGGGCUAAAGACAAUAAUAUAUUUGAGGAUACUGAACUCUUAGGUUUUGAAGAAUCAAAUAAUGAGGAAAGAUUGAGUGAUAUCUCAGAUAGUUGUCUUUCAAUGGGAACAGAAACUGAUGGCUCGAUUAGUAGCGGUGCAAUGGAGUUGACACUCUUCCCUGAAACCUCAAAUCCUCCUGAAAUGUUUGAACAAUCUGAACAAAAUGACAAAGCUCAUGUUGGAGUUGGACCAUCAAAGCCACUGAAACAUACACCAAAACCAGACAUAAGUAAACCUUCUCGUCUGUCGAUUUCCACUACCUCAUCUAAGGCUUUAACAAGUUCUAAAAGACCGGUCACUGGCAUUUCAUCUUCAGUAAAACCUCUUAACAGAAAGAGAUAAAGAUCUUUUUAGUUUCGAUAACGUUAUUCAUUGUAGAUUUAAAUCUAAGCCCAAAAGCUUCUUUUUCUUUCAGAUCAAGUAAUCUUGUUUUGUUUAUCCGAACGUGGAAAGUAAGUAACUCCGGUUUGAUAUCAUUGGAAAAUGCUUAUGAUGAUUUAUUUAGU